AUGAUUCGGCAAUAUCGGAGGUUCUUAAUUCUUCAUAACAGAUUGUUACUUACCGACCCCGAAUUCGAAAAUAAUCGACGAACUAAUUCAAAGGAAUAUUUCUAUUACUUCCGCGCACUCGUCAGAAAUUUUAUGGAUAUCCUUCCCGUUGGGACGAUAUAUGGCUCCAGAAUUUUGAGCAUUUGAGGAAGCGGAUCGCGAAGUACUACAGGUAUCACGAUUUUUUUACACACGAUAACAUAUCGAGGACGCACGAUCUCUCAGGAGCCGAUGCCAAAACUGGGAUGACGCCACUCCAGAAAUUCGCGACCGACCCCGACGGGAACGCGGCUGGCGUCAAAGAGGCUUUAGAGCAUUUCGUCAGUGCGCAGAGCAGCUUGUGGCAUAAUGCCUCAACCGCCGACGACAUUCAGCUAAGGAAGGAAAAGAUGCUUCGUAAUUAUGCCGCCUGGAGAUGUAGGGAUCCGGCGGAUACAGGGAGCAACGACUUCGCGGAGGAUAGAAGGAGCAAGUACAGGCAGCGACGACCCUACGUGACUGCCUUCCAGAUUGCAAAAGGGGAAAAGGCAUUGGCAGAAGCAAGGGGUGACUCAGCCCAAGCUGAAAAGUUUCAGCAGGUCGUCGCUGUGCUUCGCCCAUUGGAAGAGCUGCCAACAGUCACGUACGAUCGGGAGGAAACACAGCGUGGGCUGACCAGGUUGGGGAUUGUUUUGUCGCAGAUUGAUGAGCGCGAAAUUCGUCAGCUGCUGAAGCUCCUAUCCCAGUUUCGAAGUGAGUUAGAAAGAUACAUCCUGCUACGGUACCUGGCAACGCGCGUGCUAGGAUAG